GUGUGUUACUCCGUUCAGGUGAACGGUUACUGCGCCGGUGUUCUGUAUGUGACAGAGAGGCGAAGAGAUCAACCGUACCUGGGACACCAUGACCGCCGCCGAGUGUAUUGCGGGAGGCUGGCGUUAAGCCUACUGCUGCACCCUGGUGCUUUCUCCCCAGCCUGUAUCCUCCAUCAUCUUCUUCCUCAGGUCAUUCUCUGCUAGGCAAGAUGAGCGGGGUGAGCUGCACGGCUGCCGGCUCGGCUAAUACCCCCUGCCGCCUUGCUCAUUACUUCGUGAUCUGCGGGACUGACGCUGACAGUGGUCUGGAACCCGAUGAGCUGUCAGUUUUAUACCAGUGGUUAGAAGCGGAUCGUCAUUGCAGGAGCCAAGAGUCUGAUCCUAAUUCGUCAGGUGAAAACUUUGAUCAGAGUCCACUGAGAAGAACAUUCAAGUCAAAAGUUCUUGCCCAUUAUCCUCAGAAUGUUGACUGGAAUCCGUUUGAUCAAGAUGCUGUGAAUAUGCUUUGCAUGCCUAAAGGAUUGUCAUUCAGAACUCAAGCAGACAACAGAGACCCUCAGUUCCAUUCUUUCAUCAUUACACGAGAAGAUGGAUCCCGUACAUAUGGCUUCGUACUCACGUUUUACGAAGAAGUUACAAGCAAGCAGAUUUGCACUGCCAUGCAGACGCUCUAUCAUAUGCACAACGCAGAGCAGUGUAACAGUGUAAACGCCUCCUCAUCAUGCAGUAUGGACUCCUUAGCCAGUAGUGUUGAUGAAGGGGAUGCUACGUCUUUGACAAAGCUACAGCGGUAUAACUCUUAUGAUAUCAUCAGAGACACGCUUUUUGUUUCAAAGUGCAUCUGCCUAAUUACACCGUUGCCCUUUAUGCAAGGGUGUAAAAAGUUUCUUACGCAGCUUUACAAAGCGGUCACAUCCCAGCAACCUCCACCUUUACCCUUGGAAAGUUAUAUCCACAACGUUCUCUAUGAAGUACCUCUCCCUCCCCCUGGGAGAUCACUUAAAUUUUAUGGUGUCUAUGAACCCAUUGUUUGUCAGAGACCUGGUCCUAAUGAACUACCUUUAUUUGAUUACCCUUUACGAGAAGCAUUUGAGUUACUUGGAUUGGAAAAUCUGGUCCAGCUUUUCACCUGUGUUCUUUUGGAGAUGCAGAUCCUUCUUUACUCACAAGAUUACCAGCGCUUAAUGACUGUUGCAGAGGGCAUCACUGCGCUCCUCUUCCCGUUUCAAUGGCAACACGUAUACGUCCCAAUCCUCCCUGCCUCGCUCUUGCAUUUUCUUGAUGCUCCUGUUCCUUACUUGAUGGGUCUUCAGUCCAAAGAAGGAACCGAUCGUUCAAAGCUUGAACUUCCUCAGGAGGCAAACUUGUGCUUUGUGGAUAUUGAUAAUCACUUCAUUGAACUGCCCGAGGAAUUCCCUCAGUUUCCAAACAAACUGGAAUUCAUUCAGGAAAUCUCUGAGGUUCUUUUGCAAUAUGGAAUCCCCCCUGAAGGCAAUUUACAUUGCAGUGAGAGUGCCACGAAAUUAAAGAGCCUGGUGUUGGACGAUUUGGUAAAUGAUAAAAAGAAUGGCAAUAUAUCCAGCAAUAACAUCAACAUGUAUGAGCUGCUGAAAGGAAAUGAGACUUUUGCUCGUCUUCAGGCUCUCGCUAAAAGGACGGGGGUCAAUAUGGACAAGUUUAAUAUCUCCGUUCCUGUGAUGGACACAGAUGACGACCAAAUUCUGCAAUGUGCCGAGAAGGAGCUGAAUGACUAUACACUUAAUGUGCAGUUGCGGGAAGUAUUCGCUAACCGCUUCACGCAGAUGUUUGCUGAUUACGAAGCCUUUGUCAUUCAAGCUGCACACGACAUGGAAUCCUGGAUUAACAACCGAGAACAGAUGCAGAACUUUGACAAAGCGUCCUUCCUGUCGGAUCAGCCUGAGCCUUACCUCCCGUUUCUCUCCCGUUUCAUUGAAACCCAGAUGUUUGCCACCUUCAUAGAUAAUAAAAUAAUGUCAUUCUGGGAAGACAAGGAGCCGCUGCUUCGUGUUUUUGAUUCCAGAAUUGAGAAGAUAAGAUUGUAUAAUGUGAGAGCACCAGCCAUUAGAACGUCUACUUACCAGAAGUGUUCUACUUUAAAGGAAGCAGGUCGUUUAGCUUUUCAGAGAUUAGCGUCUGUUGAUAUUGAGGCGCCGGAACCACAUGCUUUGUUUGCAGAAGAAAUCAAAACUGAUUCUCAAUCAGUAGAGCAGCGUCUUACAAAAGUUGAUCACACUGCUAUUCAUCCACAUUUACUUGAUAUGAAAAUUGGACAAGGGAAAUAUGAGCAGGGCUUCUUUCCAAAACUGCAGUCUGAUGUGCUGUUGACCGGACCAACCAAUAAUAAUAGAUGGGUCAGUCGAAGCGCAACGGCCCAGCGGAGAAAAGACCGCCAGCGGCAGCAUUCAGAGCACAUCGGAUUAGACAAUGAUUUGAGAGAGCCAUCAGAGGAGAUUGUGAUCCGACAGAACUCUAUGGCAUUCUGGGAGUGGGAUCAGGGGGUCCCCCCUCCUGCACGACCUCCAAAAAAAUCCUUCUCUGAAUGCUGUCUGAAAUACAUGCAGGAGGCCAGGAGUUUAGGCAAAACUGUAAGGCAACCAAAACUGUCCGACCUUUCUCCGGCAGUGAUUGCUCAAACUAACUGGAAGUUUGUUGAAGGAUUACUAAAGGAAUGUAGAAUGAAGACCAAACGCAUGUUGGUGGAGAAGAUGGGUCAUGAAGCUGUGGAGCUGGGUCAUGGAGAGGCAAACAUAACCGGACUGGAAGAGAACACACUGAUUGCUAGUCUCUGCGACUUGCUAGAGAGAAUUUGGAGCCACGGUCUGCAAGUGAAACAGGGUAAAUCUGCUCUAUGGUCUCAUCUUCUUCAUUUCCAGGAAAGGGAAGAAAAGCAUGAACAUUUCAUAAACUCACCAGUUUCCCUUGCACCAGAGAGAAGAAAAUCUGACACCGGCGUUAACCUGCCAUCCCUUAGAGUGUCUCUUAUUCAGGAUAUGAGGCAUAUCCAGCAUUUGAGUGAGAUAAAAACUGACGUUGGGCGUGCACGAGGGUGGAUUAGACUUUCUCUUGAAAAGAAGCUUCUGUCACAGCACCUUAAACAGCUUUUGACAAAUCAAGCCCUCACCAAAAAGCUGUACAAGCGCUAUGCAUUCCUGCGGUGUGAGGAAGAGAAAGAGCAGUUCCUAUAUCAUCUCCUUUCACUGAAUGCUGUUGAUUAUUUCUGUUUCACAAGUGUCUUCACAACCAUCAUGAUUCCAUAUCGGGCGGUUAUCAUACCUAUCAAAAAACUAAGUAAUGCGAUAACCACGUCUAAUCCUUGGGUUUGUGUUUCUGGAGAAUUGGGUGACACUGGAGUAAUGCAAAUUCCCAAAAAUCUACUGGAAAUGACAUUUGAGUGUCAGAAUUUAGGUAAACUAACAACCGUUCAACUUGGACACGACAACUCAGGACUUUUAGCCAAGUGGCUUGUUGACUGUGUCAUGGUCAGAAAUGAAAUCACAGGACAUACAUACAAGUUCCCAUGUGGCCGCUGGUUGGGGAAAGGAGUAGAUGAUGGCAGCCUUGAAAGGAUUCUGAUUGGCGAACUAAUAACACCAAUGUCAGAUGAUGAUCUUGGAAAGCAGAGUCGGACCCCACCCCAACAGAAGUCCCCCACAGUGGCUCGAAGGCUUAGUAUAACGUCCCUUACAGGAAAGAAUACCAAACCAAAUGCUGGACAGAUCCAAGAUGGAAUUAGUGAAGCUGUGAACAACAUUGUAAAACAUUUUCACAAACCAGAGAAAGAGAGAGGCAGUUUAACGAUCCUGCUUUGUGGAGAAAAUGGCCUGGUUUCAGCGCUAGAGCAAGUCUUUCAUCAUGGAUUUAAAUCUGCUCGUAUUUUCCAUAAGAAUAUUUUCAUCUGGGACUUUAUAGAAAAGGCAGUGGCUUAUUUUGAAACGACUGAUCAAAGUGGAGAUGAGGAGGAGCAGUUAAUUCAGAAGUCGUCCUGCAAAACAUUUUGCCAUUAUGUAAAUACCAUUGUUGCAUCCCCAAGAAGUAUUGGCAAAGAUGGCAAAUUCCAGCUUUUGUUUUGUCUUGGUGCCAGGGAUCAUUUGUUGGCCCAGUGGAUUCCUUUACUGGCAGAAUGCCCGGCCAUCACUCGGAUGUAUGAGGAAAAUGCUCUUCUACGAGAUAACGUGAUCGUUCACUCCCUUGUCAGAGUGCUGCAGACAUUAGAAGAUUUUAAUAUUGUCUUGGAGGGAUCACUCAUUAAAGGAGUCGAGGUGUAACACAACCGUAAAAGACUGCUUUUGGAAGAAGCUUCUGACAAUGUGCAGAAUAGUCCUUGGUCAAAGAACUGUUGAUGGUAGCAAAACACUGAGAUGAACCAAGAUGGACUCUUGGUGGUUGCCAUAAGGCAACUUGAUAUAUAGUAAAUUUGAAUCAGAUAUUUAGUACAAUAGAGUAUUUUCUUGUGUUGUGUGUAAAUACUGCUGUAGUUUUUUUUAAAGAAGAGAAAAGAAAAUCAAAAUGUAUUAUCUAUCUAACUAGUUUCUUUUUUCAGUUCUGUAGAAUGCUGCCUAACACCUUCUCUUCCUGCCCUCCGGUAAGGUGCAUGAGUAUUAGUUGGUAGCUUACCUGAUCGGCGAACGUGCUAAGCUAGAAGCCGCACUAACUGGGUCAAAUUUGUUGUACUGACCCAAAUUCUUUAUAUUUUAUUAUGUUACUCAGCUUAGCGAAAUUGCAAUUGUGACCUUGAAGUGGCUACCAAGAAAGAACCAGCUACGUUUAGGUGGGUAGGUUGAGUAAGGUAGACAUAUCGUGUAAAUACCUCAGAAACCCGAAAUGACUAUUUUCUUAAGUUAUAUUAAAAUAAACCACAGAGUAUUGAGAUGUAGCCUUUCUUAUCAGCUGUUAAUUAUAUCUAUAUAUAAGGUAUUGUGCAAGUAAAACUGUUCAUGAGAUUUUUCUCCUCUUUCUUAAGGUUUAUUUUCUUUUCUUUAAGUAUUUUGAUAGCGUUUCACAUGCUGAGUUACAACUCAGGUAAAACGUAUGUUACGUGAGCAGUGGAAGAGCGAUAAAGUUUUAUAUGACAGUAACUAAAAUAUGUGAUGCUUUUCUGUUGUAGAAUGUUUUUUUUUUGUUUUUUUUUUGGGAAGACCCUUUAGCACCUUAAGUUUUCAUGGUGUAUUUAUUUUUUUCCUUAAAUCUUACACUGGUAAAUUGUUGAGUUUUUAAAUUACUCGUCUGAUAUUUUGUAUGCGAGAUGAUUUCAUGUUAUUUUGUGACCAGCUACAUGAGUUGGGUCACACAAAUGAAUAUACAGAGUGAACACUGGAUUUGUUUGUAUACAUGUUUCUGCUUGGGCAGAAGAUACUGCCAUAUAUUAUACACACUCACUCUUAGGCAAGAGGAACGUUGUAAUCACAAAUAUUGUGCACUAUUGCAACUUUGAGAUCUCUUCCAUUGAAAGAGGUAUUUAUAGAAAGGUUCAGUUAUAGGUCUUUGUCCACAUUGGAGCUACACAUUUCUAUUUUGAUUGCUAAAACAUAAUUAGUUUUCAUUGUUCAUUCCCAUUGCAAAUAACCCCGUACGGUUACCUUUUAUUCAGCAAAUGUGAACUAGCAAUACUGCACUUUCCUAAUAUUUAUACAUUAUCUCUCAUGAAUAUAGUUGAUCAUUGUCUUUAUUCUUUUCAUUUAUGAAAUGAAAACCUGUUGUUAUAAUGUAUUAUCUCUGAUUCACUGGAGUAUUGACUAUUUUAUAACUGUGACAAACUUCUUUAGUUACUAUAUUAAUUUAACCGAAUUCUACUGAAAUGACUGCAUUUCAUAUUCAUUAUUAUCUAAAGCAAUAGGUUGUCUAUAAUUUAGUAUAUUUGUAAGGAAUAUGCAAGCAUUUCUUUGUUGUAAUUCUCCACCCUUUCAGCUAAUAUUUUUUUUUAUGCUUUCCACUUUCAUUUUUAUCCAUUUUAUGCACACUGAGUUUGAGGUAGUAACAAAAAUAGGGUUCCAGACACAGUAAAAAAAUACAAACGAAAGAAAAAGUAUUUUUAUAAAUAGAGUUAUGAGACCUAUUUAUUUAUCCCUUUAAAUUUGCUGCCCUAGCUUUCUGCAUUUUUUUUUUUUUUUGGUGGGGGGGGGGGGUUGGAAUAAUAUAUAUUAACUGGGCCUUUUUAUUCCAUUUGAAGGGACAGUAAAGUCAAAAUUAAACUUAAACGGGAAGAGUCCACAGGUGCAUUCAUUACUUUUGGGAAAUACAGAAUCUGGCCACCAGGAGGAGGCAAAGAUACCCCAGCCAAAGGCUUAAAUACCUCCCCCACUUCCCUCAUCCACCAGUCAUUCUUUGUCUUUCGCCACAGGAGCUUGUCAGAGAAGUGUCAGAAGUUCGAGCUAGUCUCUUAUAGAGUGUAGUACUCUUCGCAAUAGGACUGGUGUUUUAAGUAAUCCUAUCAGCCUCUCAGUAAGAGCAUGGAUGAAAGUUAGAGUCCGGAGAUGCAGGGAGAGUUUUCCUGCGAACCCAUCCCGACUCAUUAACAGCUCCUUGGUAAUCAGCGUUGACGAGUUUCGCUACCUACUUUUACUUCAUAAGUCCAUGUCAGAAGCGAGGCUACUAUCUGUCACACUUGAAGGGCCGUUUUCUUGUUCCAUGGCGUAGAUUCCGGUAAGAUUGUUUCUUUUUAUUUCGAUAUGUGAAUGUUAACAAAACAAUGUAGGGUCCCAGUGGAAUCAUGGGUUAAUAUCUCCUGAGGGGGGUUAUUGAACAGGGGGGACUUUAAUAAUGUUUGUUAUAUGGUUUUAUCUGCAAAUGUGUAGCAAUGCCUAGGCUCACGGCUUUUAUGGAACAUAACGGCCUUAAUUUGCUGACGGUGACUGGCACGGUGCACCUUGUGAUGGGUGCGGAUACGUUGUUUCUUACUUCCGUAUGCUGACUGUGAGUGACAGAGACUCUAGCUCUUGGGUUGUCUGGUUCUCAGGAGGUGGCGAGUGCCCCAGCCAUUGGGGAUGUUAAAAAGGUGCCAGUUAGUUUUCGUAAUUUUUGUAAUCCCAAGAUUAUGGAGGAUUCUGAUAUGUUGGACACGGACGGCUCCGAUACUGAGAAUGUGUCUUGUGAUGAAUAUGAAAUGGCCCGGGUUAUCAAUGCUCAUCAGUUAUUUUCCGAUUGCCAUUCUAGAGUACUCUCUUCCCCUGAGAACGUCCUCAUUCUAACUUUAGCCUUGGGCUUACCAGAGAAGAGUCGAGGUCGGUCUUAGACGGUCGCACUUCUGGGGUCAGGUAGUUGACCAUUUAUCCUCGAUGUUCUGUUGGGACUUCGUGGAGGGUGCCUUAAGUCUAACUCUCUGGGAUGAUGAGCAAAGUCAAGAGUUCUCAUUCACCUUUUGGGUGUUGGUUGCUACAUUGCCAGUGUGUGUAACACGUGUUAUUGCUUGUCUACGAUAUUUUCCUUGCGAUCCAAGUGCGCACUGAGUGCAAAAUUUUUCAACUGUUCAGGAGCUCUUUCAGACUCCUGGGUUUGAGGCUGUUGCUGGAUCGCCAAGUCUUCAGACUUUAGAUGGUGCGCUCCUAAUCGUAGGAGGCAACUUAGGGUUCCUCGGGAAGUUAGAUCUUUAGAUUGAUUCCGUUUUUUGAGGACCCUGGCCUAGGUCCAUGUCUCUCCCUAGAGGGGGUGGACGGUUCGGUAUCGCCUUAGGUGUUGCAGUCCUGGGUACUUUUCUGAGGGGGCUGGGCUUGUUACCGGGGAGAUGCUUAUCUGCCUGUAGCUUAGGCUCUAGGUCUUCCUGACGGGUCCCCAUUGGUCUUCUGGCGCAUUUGAUGUUCUUGUAGACUCCAGGUGUCUUCAACUGGGUUGAAGUUAUGGCCGAGGAUUCUCGCCACUAUGGUAGGGUGUUUUCCGUGUUUUUUUCCCUUCUCUUCUAGAGCGAGGGUGGGGUUCUCCUGGUUUGGAGUUACCUUAGCAUUGUGGUGUCCCACAUUGACUUAGUGGUAGACUGUUUCCUUGGAAGCUGUAGGUCAAGAGCUCAUCUCCAGCUAUGGUUAUGUACUCUUUAUCAGACAAGUCCUACAAUUAUCCUUGCCUAACACAGCUUUAUAUUGCGAUCUGUGGGGUCGUUUGUUCCUGCCUUAUAAGGGUCCUUUCCCUUCUUGCGUCUUCAGAAUCCUGGAAAGGGGGAUGCAAUGUAGUGUCUGGUCCCUCCGUUCCUGCAGCAGGAGGCUGAGGGUUUGGUCCCUGUGGGGCUCCUACUGAAUGUUGGAUCUGAUAUAUAGAUGUAGGGGGUCUCAUACCCGUGUACACUGCUUCUCUGAAUCAUGGUGGAAUGCCGUUUGUAAUAGCGGUCAGAGGUCUAUCCAGGGGCUUUGUUCCUCGUUGACGCUUCCUUUCUCUUCCAGAGGUCUGGUCUUCGGUAUUUAACUAGCUUUGGGCUGGGACCAUUAACCUGGAGGGAAGCUCGGGGAUCAGUUACCUAUGUAGUGUUGAUUGUGUUUUUUUCUACCAGAGUUGGUCCUCCCAUUUGGUGGGAGGACUUUUGAUGUCCUUCCCUUUUCUACUGGCGUCUGGUACUGGGCUGUGACGCUCAUGGAGCCCGGUCUUCGGAGGGCUGUGAGUUUUUGGAAGGUUAUCAGUUCUAAACCAACUACAGAUAGUUGCACUUUGACGGUGUGCUAGCAGGCUUACAACGCCUUUCGGUGGUUGGGGUUCGUGAUGGCUGAGUCGGCGUUCCUACCUAGAAGCUGGUCAUUGAGAGUUCCUGUUCAGGCAGUUUGGUGUUCUGUUGGAGAGAGACUUCUAGCUGCUGGGAUAGCUAGCUGCAGGUUUCCAUCUGAUACGAGGCAUCAGGGAGCACUUGUUUUUCUGGAGUACCUUAGGGUAUGUGACUGGAUCAGGGAGUGUCCCUCGAGUCCUUUAGGAUGUGUUUUCCCUGUGUAUGGAUCUCUUUUUUUAUCAGUCCUUGUGUUUCUAGGGAGUUUGUCUCCCUGGGCGCUACUAUUGUAAGACAACCUUGGGUUCUUCUAUGCUUGUUGAGCCAUGUGGAAUGAUCCUUUGGACUUUUUCUGGGAAUCUGUUCUUGUCUUUUGGCCGGGUACCUUUUUUUUGGGAGUUGUGACCCGCGAGGUUGACUCCUCUGAGGCUUUUUGGACUUGACGGACUCUGGUGGUCUCUAGUUUGGCUUUGCUGGCGGUGUAACUAAUGUGCAGUUACCUGGGCUUCGGGUUUUCACCCAUGUCUAUAUUUUUAUAGGGUGUCAGGUAAUUUCAGGCUGUGGUGCCUUUCGAAGGGGCCGCAUUUUGUAUCCACCCGUUGUUUGCAUUCAGUGUUUUUAUCUAUGAGGCGGCGGUAAUUUUUUGUUCAUCUGGCACCUUUUUUUCACCCUUUUGAAGGGGCUACAUUUUGUACCCACCCGUUGUUUGCAUUCAGUGUCCUCUAGCUUGGGUAUUGUUUUCCCAAAAGUAAUGAAUGCAGCUUUGGACUCUUCCCGUUUAAGAAGAAAAACAUAAAUUAUGCUUACCUGAUGAUUUUCUUUUCUUCUGACGGGAAGAGUCCACAGCUCCCUUGUUUUUAUCUGAGGCGGUGGUAAUUUUUUGUUCUUCUGGCACCUUUUUUUCACCCUAUUUCUCCUACUGUUCCUUGUUCCCUUGGCAGAAUGACUGGGGGGUAAGGGAAGUGGGGGAGGUAUGGCUGGGGUGUCUUUGCCUCCUCCUGGUGGCCAGGUUCUAUAUUUCCCAAAAGUAAUGAAUGCAGCUGUUGACUCUUCCCAUCAGAUGAAAAGAACAUUUUCAGGUAAGCAUAAUUUGUUUUUUUUCUCUGUGUUCUAUGAUGAUUAAACCCGGGUAUGCUGAUAGGAGCUUAGCAGCAUGUACUUGUCUUUAGCAGUCUAUGGCAGCAGUGUUUGCAACUAUGUAUAUCAUUGCUAAAAAAAUUGUUGCAAACCGCUACUGCUGGCUAGAGAGACGUGCACGCUCUUGAGCUCACUUAGGAUUACUCUUCAAGGAUGACGAAUGAACUAAUCAAAAUUGAUAAUUAGAAGUAUAUAUGGGAAAGUUGUUUAAAACUUAAUUUUCUCUCUAAUCUAUUUAAGUUUAUUUUUGACUUUACUGUCCCUUUAAUAAAACAGAAUAAUAUUACCUGAUAUAAUCUUAUCAAUAUCAGUAUGUGGGAAUCAUCAGAAACAUCGAUCAAUAUAUUUUAGAAUUCCCUGAAAGGGCAGCUUAAAGGGACAGUCUAGUUUCAUGUCUCUUUAAGGGACUAUCAAAUUGUUUACUGUUGAUCAAACUGUAACUACCUGCAAGGUACCACACAGUAUUACAGUGCAGAAGCUGUGAAUGACAUCUCUUUUGAGGUAAUGUUUGUUUGUAAAAAAAACAAAAAAAAUGUUUUUUGUUGCAUCAAAAGAAGCAUUUUAAAAUUAUUUUUGUAAACAAAAAUCCGUAUUUUGAGAUUUUUUUCCUAUCGUUAUCAACCACUGAUCAAACUGUACCAAAAAAUGCUCUUCAUUUGAGUUUUAAAAGGUACAACUUACACUUUAUCAUGCAAAAAAGUGUAACUAGUGUUCGAUUUUAUAAAUAAUAUAUGUGUAUUAUUUUUAAUGUCCCUUUAAACUUGUAUGCUAUGAAAUAAACUGUUUUAGGCAUUGCUUCUCUGUACAAUUAUUUUAUACCUUAGAAAAUUAUUAGAAUGAUUAGAUUUUUUUAUGCCUGACAAAUAUCUUCAUUUUGGUAAUGAAAUGAUUAAAAUGACCCAUAAGUGACUAAUGUGUUUCAUGUGCUGAGUAGAUUAAAACUGAGAAUUUGGGACUUUAAACUAUUUGUAAUUUAUGUAAUUACAAGACAGUUGUUAUAGAAUAACAUAUCAGCCAAGUAUUUAAAACAAAUCAACAUAAUUUUUUAAUGCAAUUAUUUUUCAGUAGCUAAACUCCAACCACCAUUUGCCUUAUUUGGAGGAGCCAAUCAGGGCUUUAGUCCACAGACAACAAGGCUAAUCACAGUCAUAAAGUUAGUAUAAAAUGCUGUGUUUUGCAUUUAUCUGAGAAUUAGAAAUGGCUCCAUUUUCAAAGUUAAUGUACAUGAAAAUGAGGCAAAAUAAAUAAUAAAUAUAUUGCAAAGUUGUUUUUAUUACUCAUAAUUAAACAUUUUAUAUAACAUUUCAAGGUGUUUACUGUCCAUUUAAUUAGUCUGGAUGUAUCUCAUUACUGCCAUAGGCCUAGCUUCCAUUGAGGUGGGAAAGUUUGAAAACUGGUGGUAAAAACUAUCAUCUCCAUUGAAGUCUAUGGAGAAUUUUUAUGUUACCACCAGCUUCCAAACUUGACCACUUCAUUGGAAACUAGGCCAUAUUUGUUGAGCUAUUUUUAAUGAACAACAAACUUAUCAAUUCAGUAGCAUUACACUGUAAUGUUUUUUGUUGGGGUUUUUUUUUCUAGCUUUUUAAAAAAAAAAUUGGUGUUCUACAAGUAAAUUAUUAAUAGUUUAUUCAUUCACAGUGCCAAUUUAUGUAGAGGCUUAGUUAACACACGUGCUCCUAUAUAAAAGAGAAUGAAAGUGACAGUUAAGUGUAUAACAAACUGAAAUAAAACUAUACAUUAUACACCAGCACUGAAACUGUUAAGCUUCCAUAGAAACCCAAAAUUCAGUGGCAGUGCAGCUUGUGUAUCUGCACAGAAAAUCGUGUUUUGGUGGGGUUUUUGUGUGUGGAGGGGGGGGGGGGUUAUUAGAUUACUAGAUUGAAUGCUCUCUGUUCGGUGCAUGAAAUGCUAUUGUCCUUUUUAAAAUACAUUUGUAGAGGAAGCUAUAACAAAUACUGAUUUACAGUACUAAUACUAAAAAUGACUGCAUACGUAAAAUACGAAUAGGAACAGACCAUAUUCUACAGUAGUUUGUUGCUGUGAUUUAAUAAAUCUCUAGAAUUGAACAUUCUUUUAUACUAUUGACAGUAUGAGUCAAUGUCAUUCUCCUUGCCAGGACAUUAGCUUGGUGUUUAACCUUUUUUACGAGGGUUAAAAAUAUUUUGCAUAGGACACUAGUCUUAAAAAAUAAUAACCAAUUAGAGCAUUUGUUUUGUCAAAUUAUUUUAAGAUUAUGAUCACAUUUAUUGUUGCAUUUGGAACACAGAUUAGUUGUCUUUGAUAUUGAGAAAAACAAUGCCUUGAAAGAACCAUUGAUUGGCGAGAGGACAAAGGUGUAGUCAUUUUGGAUACAAAAGCAAAUGUUAUACUAUAAGUAACUUGCAUGUAAGUAUUAAAAUCCAUCACUGGUUCACAAUAAUAUAUCUAAAACCAACAGUAAAUCUUUUGGGACUGAAAUGCCUGCAGCACAUUUGUCUAUGCAUUGCAUGCUCCCCCCCCCCCCCCUUUUUUCUGUUCUAAACUGUAAGAAAUGUAUUUGUAAUCCUUUGACAUAAUAUGCAAUUCCCAAUCCAAUUCUACAAAUGCUCUAAAUAUAAUUAUUUUUUUUAUAGUUUCCUUUGAUUUUCACUGCUCAGAUACUAUGGUACUUUUAAAGAAUGUCAGUUAAUUUUAUUUGGCAUUUAUAAAAUAUAUGCAGCGUGUUCUCACUAGAGAAAACGUCACAAGUAUUAUUUUUGGUCUGGCUUAUUGCAUCUGGAUUAUUAAAAUCAAAUUGAAAAGUAAUGCUGUUUAAACAAUUUAACCUGCAUAUCUUUUAUGUAUUUUGUCAAGUUUGAAAUCAUACGGUCAUUAUUUCAAGUGAUGUCAUUUACAAAUAAAAAAAUUCAAACCUUUA